UCAGAAACAAUGAAAAUACUUGGAGAGUUGACCAUGCCAUGAGGUAAUGGAAGUUUUGUUUUUUCAUGUAAAAAAAUGAAAAAAAUAGUUUAUCUUCAAACAGAUUAUGUAAAAUUAACUUGUGAAAAUACAAUAAACCUAAAAUUUUGAAGUUUUGUAAGGUUCGAUUGGCAGAAAUGAAGGUUGCCAAGUGAAGAACCAAGCAUUGGAAUAACAAUUGAUUGAACAAGUGAUUUUAACCAAUAUUUUGUUAUCAUUACUGACUUUGGAGCAUAAAAAUGAUCGUAAACAUAUUGGAUGGCAUUUUAAAUGGUCAGUUAACGACCGAGGAAAUUCUCACUUGGCUGACGACUGAUAAACCGAACGAUGUUCUUCUUCCGGAUUUGGUGCAGACAGAUUCAUCGAGGACAGAAUUCGUGCUUUUUUUUCUGGAUUAUUUGAGAAAACAAUGUCACGGAAUCAUCCAAACCGGAUCGCUAGAAGGCGAGCCGGUCACCGUCGCGAAAAAAAAAAUUCCCAAAACUCCUACAAAAACACCUAACCGAACCCCACUCUCUUCUUCAAAUCGUUCAGAGGGCCUGAACCUUACCUGCCGCACGAGUACCCCCUUGAAAAAUCCUCCAAUUCCUGGACAGAGCCAUGCGAACGGUUCAAUCAACUUCAGUAGCCCUCUCCACGCCAGUCCAAUCUAUCGCUCUCAAAAUUUUAUUGGGAGCAGCUUUGAUCACCCAUCAACUUCUUCGAGACUGGACAACAGCUGCAUCAACGCUUCUAUAGACUCGAGCCUGUCAAACUCCUCAGCAAUGUCUCUUUCGUUUGUACCAGUGUCUCCCCUGUACUCUGGAUCCACUCAAGAAGCCCUAAUUCCUCUGGACACAUUCCAUCACACCGAGAACGAGUUUCCUGCUAUUGGACAACAUCCGCAGAAUUAUCAUAGAAACAAAAAGAGAAAUACAAACACGUCAAAGGAAAACCAAAGUAAAUCUUCAAAUGAUAAACAGAAUAACAGUGGACAGAAAAAAAAAACCAUAAAAUUGGGAGAUUUUCUCGUGACUUCGUCGACGAAAUUAUCGACAAAAAGUAAUUCAAGAAAUCAAUCAGAAAUAAGUGUCGAUAACACUUCAGGAGAAAAUGUCAAAGAGAAUUCCAGUCAAAAGAAGAGUGGCAAUUUAUCAAGAAACCGGAGGAUAAAACCAACGAAAUUAGAAACCACUGUAGAUGAAGGGAAUAAUCAGAAUAACGUAUUCGGAGUCAUCUCUCGUCCAGAGACGAAGAACCUCCAAUUUUUAGAGGCGCGAACGACCGACAAGUCGGGGGAGAUCAAAACAUUUGAGGCUGAGAGGGAAUUACUGAAAUUGGAGAGACAAAAGCCAAAAAACGACUCUGCCAAUGAAAUCGCCACUGUUCCAGAACCGAAACCAACAAAACCAUUGGGAGCUCAUUCAUCGAUACCCGCUGUGAUUCCUGAAUUAUCUCUUGUUCAUCAUCCAACGGUCGUGGAUAAAUUGGCUGAUAUCUAUGGAACUUUGAUUAGGAACCAUUUAGUACCCAAUAUAAUGACUGAAUUGUAUUUUGUCAUGACGUUGAUUACAUCACAGUUCAAAGCAAAUGAGCAGAUGUCCUUGCAGAUGUUGAAAGAAACGAUGGGUUGUAAGGAUCUUGAGGGAAGCGCAGAUGAAGAGGCGAUGCCACUAGAGAUAAAGUAUUUAGAUUCCCCACACAAUUGCAUUUAUUUCGCAACGAAUGUUCUCCAUCAUCAGAAGGAUUUAUUGAUCGCGCUGGAUCGAGCAACGAUCAAGUUGCUCUGCGACAAUCAGCACAUUGGAUCGUUCAAGCCCGAGUUGAAGAAUUAUUUGGAGAAACUAUACGAUGAAAAAGUGCAGGAGUCGAAUCAGUUCAAAAAAAUUGCCUCAAGGACAAUCAACUCCAACGUCUGUUUCCAGAUUGAGACAGACAACCAAGAGAACUUCCCCUCGAAGACGGCUUUUUCAGAAUUUCGAAAACAGCGUGACCUCUUCUACGAGUACCUAAAAAAAUGGGAGGAUCAUCAUCAGACCCCUCGCUGGUGUUUCUUCAAAACCCUGGCCCCGAAGAUAAAGUCUCUUCUAUUACUCCACGAUGACGCGGUAAACUACUACCACCUAGCCCGUCUAUUCAAAUCCCAACUACUGGCAUCGUGCCAUCAACACUCAUCAGAGGAUCCAAUCGACGAUGAAACCCUCUCUCUCCUGAAAUCCCUAAAAUCCAUGAAUUUGGAGAAAUUCAAACAACUCCAGGGGCGCUUUGUUACGCCCCUCUCAUCUGAAGGUAUAGUUCCUCUCCCCUCCUUUCCAGGCAUCCAGGAAUUCUAUCGGGACUUUCUCCUUGCAUCAUCGAAUGUAAAAUUCAAUUCAAUCCUGGAGAGCUGUUUCAUCCAAUCGAUAACAGACCUAAAUUCUACUAUCUUUACAAUAAGUGAGCUCGAAUCUAGAGAAAAGAAUGUGGACGAGACAACGAAACAGAAUUAUCUGAUGUGCAUCUCUAGUCUUCGGCUCUUGUCGAAAUUCUUAGGAUUUCUUGUCUCCAUUCCAUUUCAAUCACAGUCUGUGACAUUAGUUGUAUGGGACGCGCAAAUUUCUUUGAGGCGGCAAGUUAAUCCUUCUCUGGAUCUUCAAGGGAUAUUAGUCCAUGCAUUUAUCAAUGGAAAAUUAACUUUGACAGUGCCCUGGAUGGUAGAGUAUUUAGCGGUAUUGGAUCCAGUGGCACUCAGACUGCCUUAUUACACAAAACUCUGUCAAAUUCUCUACUACAUCUACAGGAAUUGCCACUCACUAACCGGACCAAAGGAGUCACUGUUGAUCACUUUCACCCUGGGACGUCUAUUUGAACUCCCCAAUUUUCCGAAGGAUUUGUACUUCACCUGGCAAUCUAAUUUCAGUGAUAAAAGGUUGAAGGAUCAAAUUACUAUGCACUUCAGUAGUUCUGAAGAAUUUGAGGACUCUCUGGUGCCCUUGAGUACGAAGAAAUUGGAUGUUCCCCUUGAUAAAUUGGGAUUGAUCGAUGACAGAGCAAUCAUUACCUGUUGUCCAUUUUUGAAGGAAUUCAAGAUCCUGUUGAUAUCAGGGAAUUCUAAUUUUGGGACUAUGAAUCGUCAUAUAACUCCAGUCUCUACUCAAUUAUCUCAGCCGUCUAGUGAAAACAAGGCAAAGACAUUGCAGCUCCGACAAGAAGACGCGUUCCUUCAUGGACAGCCGAAUUCAGUUAGAAAGACCGUUGACUUUGUCUCCGAGAUAAUUGCCUCGAAUUCUGUUAAGGAAAUAUAUAGGGAAACAAUUCCCUCCAUAAAGUUGAAAUACUUCACGAUGUUCGACACAUUAGCAGCGGAAAAGUCUAAGAAUUCUGUGGACUUGUACAAACAUAAAGAAAAACAGGUAAAUCAACAGUGGAUGAACUCUGAAAAUAGUCCUGAUUUGAUUGUCUUGAUUACGAAAGAAUUACGGGAUCACUGUCAUUCAGUAAUUCCGAAAAAUUGCAAGAAGAAGUGCACAGAAGCACUCACAUCUUUGCUGUCAGAGGAUACCCAUCCAGCUGUCAAAGAAAUGUGUGUGAAAAUUUGCAUGAGACUGUCGAUUGGAAGAAUCGAUCAAUGGUUGGAUUUUUAUAUCAAUGACGCUGUGAAUACAAAGCAAAUUCACUCAGAAUAUUUAUCAUUUAGUCCAACAAAGAAGGUAGAAGAGAACACCGAGCAUGUUCACAAUCCAUCAGCUCCCAGCCCUACGCAGAUAAUUGAGUUGAUGAGAGAUUCAAUGUGGGAGUUGAUUGAGAAAAAUGGCAAGUGGUCGUUAUUGACAGAAGAAAAUGUUCUGGAAAUUUUAAGGGGAUUGAAGAAGACAUUACACGAGAGAAAAGAUCUCCAGGCAUAUGUCGAAAAAAAUAUUUAUAUUUUGAGUGUUGAUUAUGCUAUUCAUUUGAUUGGUUAUUAUCACCAGCUGUUUACUGAUACUGUGCUGGAUGCAUUUAUCGAUGUCUGGAGAAAUUAUGAGACCGAGAAUGAAAAGAUUGAAUUGUUUAGGAGAAUUUUGAGUUGCAGGAAUAUUCAGUGGCUGAGGUCAACUGGUGAUUCUCAAUGUUGGAAGAAAUUUGGUAAAUUGAUUAAUCGGCUAUUAAGUGAAAAGUUAUUGAGGAUUGGCAAUUUCAGCGAUCAGUGUGUCGCUAUUUUUAGGAAAGAUUUGCCUGGGGAUGUGACAAGAUUGUUGCCUGAAUGCCUCAAUGAAGCCAUCCAGGGUUGUAAACCGAAUGAUGAAAAAGCUGAAAAGAUCAGAAUGAUGUUGAGAUGGAUUUCUGGUGUCUGUGGAGAACUCGAUGGAAAUAGUGAAGGAGGUUAUGGAGAAGGGGCUACUGAUUGCAAGCCUUACGGAUUGGGGAACCCAGGAUUAUUUCAGUUAUGAAGGGAUUUCUGGAGAGAAAUAUUUCCGAGACGGUGAUUCGUUUGAACUAUUUUUGUCUGGAGAUUUCAAUCAAAAAUGCCCAGGAGACAUUGCUUGCAGAAAAUUAUGUGAACGGCCAAAAAGUUCCUGAGUAUAUUUGUUACACAUUGUCCGUUGCGAAGUGCUUACCACUUCCUUGUGGAUUCUAAUAUUUUAUCCUCUGAUUUAAAGAAAAAAAUAAUCAAAAUGAAAAGUAAUCGUUUUGAGAAAUAAUUAUAAUUGUGUAUUUAACAAUGUUUUAUGUCAUCUGAAGUAUUGACCUGCCUUGUAAUUGAAGUGAUGGUCUAAUUAUAUGGGCAUGAACAAUUUUACAGUACUUGCCGACCUGAAUUUAAUAUUUGAAUAAACGAUAUUAUGUUCUUUAAA